AUGCAACAUAACUCUUUGAUUCCCGAUCCCACCUGCGACUUAGAUUGGGGCGGAUUCCGUGGAGCAAUCCAUGAUAUAUUCGCAGCCAAUGCACAGCGAGUGCCUGACAAGCAAUGUGUUAUUGAGACCCAGAGCUCACAGCGUCCCGAGCGCAUCUUCACAUACCGCCAGAUCAACCAGGCCUCGAACCAGUUAGCACAUCACCUUAUCGCCCAUGGCUGUACUGUGGGCGAUGUCGUCGUCAUUUAUGCCUACCGAGGCGUUGACCUUGUCGUUGCCUACAUGGGUGCUCUGAAGGCCGGCGCGACCGUCAGUGUCCUCGAUCCACAGUACCCUGCAGAGCGCCAGAAGGUUUUGCUGGGUGUUUCGCAACCCCAGUUUCUCAUCUGCAUCCAACAAGCUAUUGAUGAGUUCGGUCAUCUUCCUAGCCUCGUCAGCGAUUACAUCAAGACCGAUCUAGACGUCAAGGCCACCAUCCCGGCGCUGCGUCUUUCAAGCAACGGGGAGCUGACUGGAGGCACAGUCAAGGGUCAAGACUGUCUCGCCGCCCAGGCACCUCUCAAAGAGCACAAUCCUGAUGUCUCUGUUGGCCCCGAUUCCAUACCGACACUCUCGUAUACCUCAGGCACUCAAGGAACCCCGAAAGGCGUGCAAGGCCGCCAUUACUCUCUGACCUACUACACACCGUGGAUGGCAGAGAGGUUUGGCCUUUCGGAGACGGACAGAUUCACAAUGCUCUCCGGCAUUGCACAUGAUCCAAUCCAGCGAGACAUUUUUACGCCACUCUACCUUGCUGCUACGAUCGUCUGUCCCCCGGCUGAAGUCAUCACCUACGGACUGCUGGCCGAGUGGAUGAAUAGGCACAAGGCUACAGUGACUCACCUUACUCCUGCUCUUGGCCAAAUUCUCAUCGGCGGUGCUACGACCUCAUUCCCCACACUUCGAAGGGCCUUCUUCGUUGGCGACCUCUUGACCAAGAAGGACUGCCGAAAGCUACGCGAUCUCGCACCUAAUACAAAGGUGAUCAAUCUCUUUGGAUCAACGGAGUCACAGCGUGCUGUCUCCUUCUUCGAGAUUCCAAGCAAAGUUGAGGACCCGGAUUUCUUUGAAUCGUUGCCAGACAUCAUCCCAGUCGGCCAGGGGAUGUUAAAUGUUCAGCUGCUGGUUGUAGAUCGUCAAGAUCGGUACAGACUAUGCGACGUUGGUGAGACUGGUGAACUAUUCAUCCGUGCAGGCGGUCUUGCGGAAGGUUACAGAGGAGACGACGAGAGAACAAUGGAACUAAACCGGUCGAAGUUUGUGUCUAACUGGUUUGUCGAUCCUGCCAAGUGGAUUCGAGAGUCUGAGCCCCAAUACGCCUCUGUCAACCACUAUAAGGGGCCACGAGAUCGUUUAUACCGGACUGGUGAUCUAGGUCGGAUGCGCGAGGAUGGAAGUGUCGAGUGCACAGGUCGAAUGGAUACGCAAGUGAAGAUCCGAGGUUUCCGGAUAGAACUCAGCGAAAUCGACGUCCUCUUGGCCCAGCACCCAUACGUACGGGACAACAUUACAGUCGUACGAAGAGAUCGGAACGAGGAGCAUACUCUGGUUGCGUACUUUGUCCCCGAAACAAGGUCGUGGUUUCGGCACCUCCAAUCGCAAGACGAUCCAAGAGUUAUCGAGGAAGAGAUUGCAACUGAAACGAUGGCCCGCAUGCUCAGGCGUUUCAAGCUGUUGUCUGACGACUGCAAGAAGUUUCUAACGGGGAAGCUACCCAGCUACGCCGUCCCCAGCAUUUUCAUACCCCUGGCCCGGAUGCCACUAAAUCCAAAUGGCAAAAUUGACAAGCCAGCACUCCCCUUUCCCGACCCAGUGGAUCUUCUCUCGGCGGCCAAAAGGAGGACCUCGUCAGUCGUCGCCAAUAUGACUGAAACGCAGAAGAGACUGGCAGCAGUGUGGGGUUCAGUUCUCCCUAACCGCUCCGCACGAAUGUUCGUCCCAGAGUCUAAUUUCUUUGAAGAGGGUGGGCACUCUGUCCUCGCACAGCAAAUGUUCUUCCGCCUCAAGAGCGAAUGGAAGGACAUCGACCUGCCAGUUAGCGUCCUUUUUCGGUCCCAGACUCUCCAUACCUUAGCCUUGGAGAUUGAUAGAGCCCUAGAUCCCAUUGGUCUGCGACUGGACGCUAUGCCUCUUCCUGGGGAUGGAGAGUCUGAGGAUAAGUCGUAUGCGGCUGACGCCCAGGAGCUUCUGUCUCAGCUCCCAGACUGCAUCCCACAGGCGCCGGUAAAUUGGGACUACACAGAGAGGCCACCUACUGUACUCUUGACCGGCGCUACAGGCUUCCUCGGGUCCUAUAUCCUACGUGAGCUUCUCGAGGGCCCAGCAAAGGCACGCGUCAUUGUGCACGUCCGCGCGGAGGAUGCAGAAGCAGGUCUCUCGCGCGUAGAGUCCACGGCAGCGGCUUACGGCCUCUGGUGUCCAGAGUGGUCGUCCAGGAUUGAGGCGGUGGUGGGCGAUAUCUCCAAGCCGUCCCUCGACGUCCCCCAAGACACCUGGAAUCGCCUCUCUGACUCUGUAGACCUCAUCAUUCACAAUGGGGCUCACGUGAACUGGAUGCUGCCUUACUCAAGCCUGAGGGCGGCCAAUGUGCUCAGUACUUUGGAGUGCAUCCGGCUAUGCGCCGAGGGGAAGCCUAAGCGACUGUGCUUUGUCAGCUCUACGUCGACUCUGGAUACCCAACAUUACGUACAGCUAUCACGAGACGUCGAGACCGGUGUGCUGGAGACGGACGACCUUCAAGGCAGCCACAAGGGCCUCGAGACAGGCUAUGGGCAGUCCAAGUGGGCCAGCGAAUACAUCAUUCGCAACGCUGGAGUCAGAGGGCUUACGGGAGCCAUAGUCCGGCCUGGUUAUGUCACUGGAGACCCGAUGUCUGGCAUCUCCGUUACCGAUGACUUCCUGGUACGGCUAUGGAAAGGCUGUCUGCAGGUCGGCGCGCGCCCAGACAUCAACAACACCGUUAACGCAGUACCCGUCUCGCAGGUCAGCCGCAUUGUUGUUGCCGCAGGAUUGCUACUUCCUACCGUGACCGGGCAGUCCCUCAGCGUAGCUCAGGUCACCAGCCAUCCACGACUGACUCUCAACGAGUGGAUCGGCGCUCUGGAGCACUACGGAUACCAUACGCCUCUCGUACCGUAUCGAGAGUGGCGCGCCAAGGUUGUCAGGUACGUAGAGGACGAGGGUAACGAGGAGCAUGCCUUGCUCCCACUAUUCCACUUUGUGACGGGGGACCUGCCUGCCAAUACCAUCGCCCCGGAGAUGGACGAUUCACAAGCUACAGCCGCUCUAGAACUAUACGACAAGGGUACAAACUUUAGCACCCCCAAUAAACCCCACGCUGUUGAUAUGCGUACCAUAGGCGUAUACCUUGCGUACCUAGUGGCAGUUGGAUUCCUGCCCGCGCCAGUGGGAAAUGGUGAGCAAGAGUUGCCUGAGGUGGACGCGAGUAGGCUACAGGCUGUGAAGGUUACGCUUGGUGGUAGGUCAGCGAAGUGCUGA